AUACGGGUCUUGAAGAUAUGAACGAGCGAGUCUGGCUGUAGGAAAAGAUAGUCCGAUAUGCAAUGGUUGGCCAACGGGGAGGUUAUUCUUGAUGCUGUGACAGUGUUCGAUCAUGUUAAACCAGAGUUGACAAAAGAUUGACAGCUCACACUGUAGUUCGAUUUCAUCUGAUUUAGUCCAUAUUUAGUUAAUAUUCUUUGCGCGCGUAAAUAUAUAUGUAUGUAUACAUAUAUGGGCCACGUUUCACCCGCUUAUUGUAGUUUCUUUUUUACGGUAUUAUUUUAUUAUCUCGUCCGCACGACUGUCCACCUAGCAAUUUGCGACCUGUUCGUCAUUUGACGAUAUGAUGCCAAACACGGACGUUUAUGACAAUUUGUACCUGUACGUCACUCCGGAGAAGUUUUUUGUGGAGCCGGUUGGGACCAAAGUCCUGCUAGUGGUCGAUAGAGUGAGCGAGCAGAUUUAUACGCAAGCUGGCACAGCUAGUCAAAUUCCAACAACUGCCAGCCGCCGUAAGAUAUGGGGAUUGGUGGGAACUAUACGCCUCUUGGCGUGUCGUUACCUCAUCGUCAUUAUGGACGCUCAAAUGUGCGGCACUAUAGCGGGCCAUCAGAUUUUCAGAAUAUCCUCAACCGACAUGAUACCUUACUCAAGGUCAUCUCUCCACUUGACCUUAAAGGAAAUUCAAAGUAAUUCCACAUACAUGGAGAUGAUAAAGUCUGUCUUGAAUACACCGCACUUUUACUUCAGCUACACCUAUGAUCUCAGCCACACCAUGCAGAGACUUCAUAACACAACACCUGAGUUCUUACAGAUGCCGCUUCAUGACAGAGCAGAUCCUAGGUUCGUGUGGAAUGCCUACUUGUUGCAGGACCUAAGUGCCAGACCAGAGCAGUACAAGUUCUGCUUACCCAUUAUUCACGGCUUCAUCUCGCUAAACACGGUGGUCGUGAAUGGCAUAGCGUUCAAUUGGGGUAUCGUCUCUAGACGCGGUAUACAUCGCGCUGGCACGAGACUGUUCUCGCGUGGUAUAGAUUCCACCGGGAACGUUUCCAAUUACGUGGAGACGGAGCAGCUGGUCGAGGUGAACGGUGAUCGUAGUUCCUUUGUGCAGACGCGCGGAUCAAUUCCUCUGUUUUGGUAUCAAGCGCCGAACUUGAAGUACAAGCCGAAGCCGCAGAUAAGUCCUCACGAGGACCAUCAGGGCGCUUGCGCUCGACAUUUCGAUGUACAGAUCUUUCAUUAUGGAAGACAGAUUUUGGUAAAUCUGAUCGAUCAACAUGGACCUGAAGCUCUUCUCGAAGAGGCAUAUCGCAAUUUAGUCCAAAGAGUCAACAACCAAAACGUUCGAUACGAGGCUUUCGAUUUUCACGCGGAAUGCCGAAGAUUGAGAUGGGAUAGAUUGAACAAUUUAAUGGACCGAUUAACGCACGAUCAAGAACAGAUGGGUUACUUCCUGUUGAUGAGGGACGGUGCGUUGCUCUCGGUUCAGGACGGUGUUUUCCGUACAAAUUGUAUUGACUGCUUGGAUCGGACGAACGUUGUGCAAAGCAUGCUGGCUAAGCGAGUUCUCAACGAGGUAUUGAGCAGAUUGGAAGUGCUCAGGAAGGUGGAAGAUCAUCCUGCGUUUGAGAAUCUUUUCAAACAGGUCUGGGCCGAUAACGCAGAUGUAGUGAGCAUACAAUAUUCCGGCACAGGUGCGCUGAAGACGGACUUUACGCGCACCGGCAAACGCACUAAACUGGGUGCUAUGAAAGACGGUCUAAACUCGCUGACGAGGUAUUACAAGAACAACUUCGCCGACGGAUUCAGACAGGAUUCGCUGGAGCUCUUUCUGGGCCGCUACAUCGUCCAGGACGGCGAGUGCACCACCGUGCAGUGUCCCUUGGAGUCCGAGCGAAACUGGCGUUACGCUACAUUCCCGCUUGUCCUCAUGGUCGCAUCCUCGAUGCUGAUCGCGCACGUAAUCUUGCCGUCGCGUUACACAACGGAAGUCUUGUUGUACAUGCUGUUCUGGGCCGGCAUGGUAGCUGGCACCUUCGCUACGAUUAUCCAUCACGGCAAGCAAUACGUCGACAAGCCGAAAUUACUCUAGAUACGGUUCUACGAUGUCAAAUUAUGUAUAUUAUGCGAUGCAGCAAUGAUGUGCGAUAAGCGCGUAGAAUUAUCAUUUGGUUAAUCAUCGGUCAAAAUCUCGGCUCUCGUAUCAUACGAAAAUAGGUAGAUUUCAUCGUGUGACAUACUAACGACGCUUAUUCACCGCAAAUUAACAUUGUAUCAAGGUGAUUAAUGUGUAUGUGUGCGCAUGCACACGUUACAUUUCCAUUUCCGCAAUUCGAUAUUGCUGGUGUCCGCAUUUCCGUAACACCGACUGAAGGAGGUCGUCGUCCUCGUCGAGUGGCAUUUUUAUUUGCGGUACAGGGUCUACGCGAGAAGUGUCGGUGUCUCAUUAUUAUGUUAUUAUGCCACGGCGAUUUUUGCACUUUCCGCAUAAUAGGUGUAGUAGAGUAACACAGUUCUCUCAGAGUUUCGUAACGAGCUCUUGUAACAUAUUAUAGAGGCUCGAGCCUCUAGUCUCUCCGGCAGCGUUUGCGUGUGUGAUCAGGGCGGCCGCGAACAAAGCCAGACCGCAAAGAACGUGCUUGGGUGCCCACCGUCCAUAGAUAACCAUCUGCAGUGUGAGACCGAUUUGUCAGACGGGAGCAGACUAAUGAAUACAGGCUGUACCGGGGAUUGAAAGAAUCGUUUCCGAUCUCUGUGAUUUUUGUUGGUCGUUGGAACUUUUGUAAAGUUGGAACCUUCUGCGUACAGAUAUAUAUUCGUUGUUGUCUCUUUGAAAUAUUUUGCGAUCUUGAAAAAUAAACAUUUCCUGUUUAAUAUCUCUCUGUUUGCAGAGUUUUUAUAUUAGAAUUAUGUCAUGUUUAUACCUUUCAUUUGAAAUAUAAUAUUUCUCACGGUUUAAAAGGAUAUAGGUAAAUCACAAGAAUAAUUUUAUAAUAAUGAUUUACAAAUAGUACCACGAUAGAAUUUAUAUUUAUUUCCAAAUAUAAACUAUUCAUAUCCAAAUAUAGACUAUUCAUUUUUAUUAAUUUUGUAUUUUAUAAAUCAACUGUACGGAAAAGAUUCCAACAUAUCGCUUUCGGUGGAACCUUUGUUUAUGAAUCACACACGAAUAUAAUCAGUUUCCUAAAAGUAUAAAAUAAUGCAGAAAAAUAAUUAAAAUCUUGGUGUGAACGAAGGUUCCAUAUAUAUGAACAACAUGAACUUUUUCGUAAUAAAUCUUAGUCUAAUUGUACAUUCUCUUUCAAUUGACUAUUCGUUAUCGGAAAGUAGAAUAAACCUGUGAAAGUUUUCAAAAAGGCUUUAUAAUUAAAUAAGCUCGUAUAAACGAACCGAAUGCAUCACUUGUUUGUACGGGUAUUCGUGAUUCGCAAAGUGCUUCGUAUAAAGUAGAACCUAACGUUAAGU